GUGUUGGCCCUACCCCCAGAGUUUCUGACUCAUUGGGUCAGAGGUGGGCCUGACAAUUUGUGUAUCUAACAAGUUCCAGGUUACACUGCUGCUGGUCUGGGAACCACACUUUGAAAACCAGUGGCCUAGAGAAACAGACAACCCAUCCUUUCCUCCCUCGCCUUCUUCACUCGCUUCCUCCUCUCAUCGGCUUUGUCCUUUUCUGCUUCCUCCCCCUCUCCCCCUCUUGGGUCUUCUUCCCACCUUCCAAAGCUAAUGGAGUGAGCCAGGCUCUGCUGGCCAUCUGGGUUCUAGUCCCAACUCUGUUACUGACAAAUGAGUGACCUGGGCAACUCACUUUCCUCAGGAGGUCCCAGGAGAGGCAGUUGCCUAGAAUGAGAAAUCCCCCCCACACACACCCCGCCCCCCAGCUGCUUCCCAGCCAGGACUGUGUCCAUCAGGGUUUGUCUCUGUAUCCCCACAUCCCUGGUGCAAUGUGUGCUUGAAGAGAGGUUGGAGAGUGAACUCGAUGGCCUUUGAGCGUCCUUCCAGCCCAGACUCUGACCUCUUCUUCCUUCCAAAUCGGAGCUUUUCCCUCUCCAGUUGAACAUGGUAUCUGGGGUCUAGGCGAGGAAGUGAAGAUGCUCCCGCAGGCCGGCGAUGGUUGAGACAGAGCCCUUGAGAUGAGGGAAUCAGGCCUCGGAGAGCAGAUACCUGACUCCCAGGGACAGCUGAGUGUGGUGCCCAGGUGAGCACGGGGAUCCAGACACCCAGCGGUGAAGCUCGAGCCCCUGCACCCGCCGAGGCUCCAGCAAGGGGCGCCAGAGAGAAGGCCAAGGCCAGUCUGGUCAUCCCAGGUGUCCAGUCUGGGUGGGCGGGUGCGCCCUAGGGGCGUGGACACCGCCAAGGCACGCCCCAGACACACUUAACUAGCUUGAGAGCCCGGGCAGGGAGGAAGGAGGGACAGAGCUCCGGCUCCUGCUGACCCACUCGGACCCAGACCUAGACCCAACCCGGCUGUAGACGGCGCCCGCCAUGCGGGUCCCGACUGUGGCUCUGUGGCUCUUCCUGGCUCUGCGCACUGCGCUCAGCGGGAUGGAGGCGCGGUGGUGCUCCACCUCAGACCCGGAGCAGCAGAAGUGCAGCGACAUGAGCAACGCCUUCCGGAGAGCUGGGAUCCAGCCCGCCCUGCGGUGCGUCCAGGGCGCCUCCGCCGACCACUGCAUCCAGCUGAUCACGGCUGGGGAGGCAGAUGCCAUCACUCUGGACGGAGGAGCCAUUUAUGAGGCGGGGAAGGAGCACGGCCUGAAGCCCGUGGUGGGUGAAGUGUAUGAUCAAGAGGUUGGUACCUCCUACUAUGCGGUAGCCGUGGUCAACAGGAGCUCCAACCUGACCAUCAACACCCUGAAGGGCGUGAAGUCCUGCCACACGGGCAUCAACAGGACGGUGGGCUGGAACGUGCCCGUGGGCUACCUGGUGGAGAGCGGCAGCCUCUCGGUGAUGGGCUGCGACGUGCUCAGAGCUGUCAGCGAGUAUUUUGGGGGCAGCUGCGUCCCGGGGGCAGGAGAGACCAGUUACUCCAAGUCCCUCUGUCGCCUCUGCCGGGGCAACGCGGCUGGGGAGGGCGUGUGUGACAAGAGCCCCCAGGAGAGAUACUACGACUACAGCGGGGCCUUCCGGUGCCUGGCGGAAGGGGCCGGGGACGUGGCCUUUGUGAAGCACAGCACGGUGCUGGAGAACACGGACGGAAAAACCCUGCCCUCCUGGGGCCAGGAGCUGCUGUCACAGGACUUUCAGCUGCUCUGCCUGGAUGGCAGCCGGGCCGACGUCACGGAAUGGAGACGCUGUCACCUGGCCCGGGUGCCCGCUCACGCCGUAGUCGUCCGGGCUGACACCGAUGGAGGCCUCAUCUUCCGGCUGCUCAACGAAGGCCAGCGUCUGUUCAGCCAUGAGAACAGUAGUUUCCAGAUGUUCAGCUCUGAGGCCUAUGGCCAGAAGAACCUGCUCUUCAAAGACGCCACCUCUGAGCUGGUGCCCAUCGCCACACAGACCUACGAGGCAUGGCUGGGCCCUGAGUACCUGCGCGCCAUGAAGGGUCUCCUCUGUGACUCCAACCGGCUGCCCCGCUACCUGCACUGGUGUGUGCUGUCCACUCCUGAGAUCCAGAAGUGUGGGGACAUGGCUGUGGCCUUCAGCCGGCAGACGCUCAGGCCGGAGAUCCAGUGUGUGUCGGCCGAGUCCCCCCAGCACUGCAUGGAACGGAUCCAGGCUGGGCAGAUCGACGCUGUGACCUUGAGGGGUGAGGACAUUUACACCGCGGGGAAGGCGUACGGCCUGGUUCCGGCGGCUGGCGAGCAGUAUGCCCCGGAGGACAGGAGCAACUCGUACUUCGUGGUGGCCGUGGUGAAGCGGAACAGCUCCGCCGCCUUCAGCCUGAGCGAGCUGCGGGGCAAGCGCUCCUGCCACUCGGCCCUGGGCAGCCCCGCCGGCUGGGACAUCCCCGUGGGCGCCCUCGUGCGGAGGGGCUUCAUCCAGCCCAGGGACUGCGACGUGCUCACAGCCGUGAGCGAGUUCUUUAGCGCCAGCUGCGUACCCGUGAACAACCCCGGGCACUACCCGUCCUCGCUGUGUGCGCUCUGCGUGGGGGACGAGCAGGGCCGCCACAAGUGUGUGGGCAACAGCCAGGAGAGGUACUUCGGCUACAGCGGCGCCUUCAGGUGCCUGGCUGAGAACGCGGGGGACGUCGCCUUUGUCAAGCACACGACUGUCUUUGACAACACAGAUGGCCACAAUUCGGAGCCCUGGGCUGCUGAGCUCCGGUCGGAGGACUAUGAGCUGCUGUGUCCCAAUGGGGCCCGGGCCGAGGUGUUUCAGUUCAAAGACUGCAACCUGGCACAGAUGCCGGCCCACGCCGUCAUGGUGCGGCCGGACACCAACAUCUUUGCCGUGUAUGGACUGCUGGACAAGGCCCAGGGCCUGUUUGGAGAUGACCACAAUAAGAACGGGUUCAAAAUGUUCGACUCCUCCGACUAUCAUGGCCAAGAUCUGCUUUUCAAGGACGCCACCAUCCGGGCGGAGCCUGUCAGGGAGAGAACCACCUACCUCGAGUGGCUGGGCCCCGACUACGUGGCGGCUCUGGAAGGGAUGCUGGCGCAGCAGUGCUCCCGUGCAGGCCUCGCGGCCUCCAGCGCCUCCCCGCUGCCGCUGCUGCUGCUCCCGCUGGCCCUCGCGGCCGGCCGCCUCCAGCUCUCCCUCUGAAGCCGCCCUGGGCAAGCCUCCCCCUCCCCUGGAAUGGAAACCGACCCAGAAACCUCUACAAAUAAGGCCGUUCUCCUCAGUAAACCCAGCGAACACUCAGCGAGAAACGUGUGAUGGGAGAGGAAAUGGGAGACACCACGGAGCUCCUCGGAGCUGUGAUCCGACACUGAAGUGCCUGUGAUGGCUUCCAAGUGGGAAAAGAUGAUGUGCAAGAAAAGUCCCCCAGCCUCGCGCUGGACGCGAGCAGGUCUCUCCUGCUGGAACCCAGCCUCUGCCUCCCCCCACCACCUGUCCCUCUGCACCUGAGGCAGCUGGCCCGCCUCCCAGGCACGGCCCACCCGCCACUGGCACUGCCGCCCCCCAAACCUGCAGCUCCCGCCACCCACCAGGGGCCGCACAGGCUUGGGCUUGGAAAAGGCCAGUUACCAAGGAAACAGGCUGAGCGGGCUUCCCACACGGCCCCUCUGCUGGAGCCGCCCAGGGGGCUGUGAGAUGACAGGGCCUGCUGGGCCCUCCCUGCUGGUUCCCACUUCCCCUCUGGAGAAAGACCCUGCCCUCCAUCAGCCCCCGCGCCCCCAUCUGUCCUCAAGACUCGGUCCCAGCCCCCCUCCUGAGGACUCUGUGUCUGUCCACCACGGCAUCCACCAGAUGAGCUGCAGCCAGGCCCUCCACGGAGCCAACGCCUCUGGCACCGCAGCCCCACGUUCUCGUCUUGUGUGGCUCAGUGUGGCCGGGACCACCGGCCCCCCGACUGCUGGCUGGUGUGGCCGGGGCUGGGCCACUGGGACGACACCCUCCAGGGCUCCUCAGACCACGGAAAUGCUCCUUAGUAAGAUUUUUUUAAGAGGCCUGGGGCCCGAGGCAGGGUCAAGGUCUAAAGUUCUGCCUGAACAUCUGUCUGCUGUAAGGAGGGAGGCUCAGAGCUAGACAUGCUGUUGCCCUGCCAGUCGGUGAAUUCGGCUGCACCAGGCUCUGCCCUGGGGUGAAGCCCAGUCAGCAGGAGUCCCUCCUCCUGCGUUUCCUCUGCUUCGGCUCCAUCUCAGACCACCCCCUCAGACCACCAGCCGUGUGACCCCCUACCCCACCUCCCCCUC